CCCUCCGGCCCGGGCCCCCCCGGGCGCCGCGGGCCCAGGCGGCCGGGAUGGCGGUCGCGGCGGCAGGGGCAGGGGCUGGGGCCGGCGCGGGCGGCAGGCGCGGCCACCACUGACGGGUAGUCGGGCACCCCGAGCAGACAGACAGACGGAGGCCGUGGGGCUGACCAUCGCAUGCCCGCAGGCCGAGGAUGCAGCGCUGGAAGGCGGCAGCCUUGGCCUCGGUGCUCUGCAGUUCAGUGCUCUCCAUCUGGAUGUGUCGGGACGGCCUGCUCCUCAGUCACCACCUGGGACCCUCGCUGACCCCACUGCGCCGGCCGCCGCGCACCCUGGACGCCCGGAUCGCCCGCCUGGCCCAGUAUCGUGCACUGCUGCAGGGCGCCCCGGACGCGGUGGAGCUGCGCCAGCUGACGCCCUGGGCCGGCAGGCCCCCGCGUCCGCGCCGUCGGGCGGGGCUCCGGCGGAGGCGCGCGCGCGCGCGAGCGGGGACGCGGCCGUGCGGGCUGCGCGAGCUGGAAGUGCGCGUGAGCGAGCUGGGCUUGGGCUACGCGUCCGACGAGACGGUGCUGUUCCGCUACUGCGCAGGCGCCUGCGAAGCGGCUGCGCGCGUCUACGACCUGGGGCUGCGGCGGCUUCGCCAGCGGCGGCGCGUUCGGCGGGAGCGGGUGCGCGCGCAGCCCUGCUGCCGCCCGACGGCCUACGAGGACGAGGUGUCCUUCCUGGACGCGCACAGCCGCUACCACACGGUCCACGAGCUGUCGGCGCGCGAGUGUGCCUGCGUCUGACCCUACCUCAGGGGCCCGGCGAGACGGCGGCCACGGCCCCCGCGCCGCGGCGCCCACCGUCCCGCCUGGCAAGGCCCGCGGCGGACAGACUGCGCGUGCGCAGGAGGUGCCGCCCCGGCCUCGGGACUCUCCAGUAGCUGCACGGAGAUAAAGAGUGGAAAAUGGAUCCUGGGUCGUGAUUCCGCGUUCCGGGGGUGCCUACCUCUCGGAGGGACCCGAGCCUGUGUGGGGUGGGGGCGCCAGCCGCACUGGGCGGGGGGGGGGGGACGGGGCGGGGACCACGUGCUGGGCGCAGAGAGGGUCCUUUUCCCGUGGUCCACGAAGGAAAGCGGUGUGAGUGGGAGGAAUGUCGGCAGGGGCCGUCCUUCCCACUUUCUUGCAGGUCCCUGUACCCCUUCCUGCCGCGUGCCACGGCCACCUCCCAUGAGGUGGGAUGGGAUGGGAAGAGGGAGCCAAAUGCAGAUGAGGAGUCUGAGGUCCAGGUGGACCCAGGCCUCCCUCCCCCAAAGGGCCUCCUCAGGCCCCGUCCACCCCCGCCGAGCCACUAUCUCCUUUCAGUAGCUAAA